GAAGAUGAGGUAGAGCUCUGACCAUGGAUCAUGAUGCCCCCACAAUCAGGCCCCGCCGCAUCCAGAACCAGAAUGUCAUCCACCGCCUGGAGCGCCGACGGAUCAGCUCGGGCAAAGCUGGCACCCACUGGCACCAAGUCCGCGUCUUCCACCAGAACGUCUUCCCCAACUUCACCGUGGUCAACGUGGAGAAGCCACCCUGCUUCUUGCGCAAGUUCUCCCCCGACGGCCGCUACUUCAUCGCCUUCUCCUCUGACCAGACCUCUCUGGAGAUCUACGAGUAUCAAGGCUGCCAGGCCGCGGAAGACCUCCUGCAAGGCUACGAGGGAGAGAUCCUGGCCAAUGGCAAUGACCAAAGGUCUGUCAACAUCCGGGGCCGGCUCUUUGAACGCUUCUUUGUCCUGCUCCAUAUCACCAACGUGGCCUCCAACGGGGAGCACUUGAACCGUGAGUGCAGCCUGUUCACCGAUGACUGUCGGUAUGUGAUUGUCGGCUCUGCCGCGUACCUGCCCGAGGAGCCUCACCCUCCCUUCUUCGAGGUUUACCGCAACAGCGAGUCGGUGACCCCUAAUCCCCGGUCCCCCUUGGAGGAUUAUUCCUUGCAUAUCAUAGACCUCCACACGGGCAGACUUUGUGACACACGGACUUUCAAAUGUGACAAAGUCAUCCUGUCUCACAACCAGGGGCUAUACCUCUACAAGAACAUCUUGGCCAUUCUCUCUGUGCAGCAGCAGACUAUUCACGUCUUUCAAGUAACACCCGAGGGUACGUUCAUCGAUGUACGGACUAUCGGCCGCUUCUGCUACGAGGACGAUCUCCUGACUCUGUCUGCGGUGUAUCCCGAGGUGCAGCGGGACACUCAGACGGGGAUGGCCAACCCCUACAAAGAGCCCUUCAUAAACUCUUUGAAGCACAGGCUGCUGGUGUACCUGUGGAGAAGGGCUGAGCAGGACGGAAGUGCUAUAGCAAAAAGAAGGUUUUUCCAGUACUUUGAUCAGCUGAGGCAGCUCCGCAUGUGGAAGAUGCAGCUUUUGGAUGAGAACCAUCUAUUUAUCAAAUACACUAGUGAAGAUGUGGUCACGCUGCGGGUGACGGAUCCUUCUCAGCCUUCGUUCUUCGUCGUGUACAACAUGGUGACCACAGAGGUUAUUGCUGUAUUCGAGAAUACGUCCGAUGAGCUGCUGGAGCUGUUUGAGAACUUCUGUGACCUCGUCAGGAAUUCCACCCUGCACAGUGAGGCGGUCCAGUUUCCCUGCUCAGCUUCCAGCAACAACUUUGCCAGGCAGAUCCAGCGCCGGUUCAAAGACACUAUCGUGAAUGCCAAGUAUGGAGGGCACACAGAGGCCGUGCGGAGGCUGCUGGGCCAGCUCCCGAUCAGCGCCCAGUCGUACAGCGGCAGCCCAUACCUCGAUCUCUCCCUUUUCAGCUAUGAUGACAAGUGGGUGUCAGUCAUGGAGCGGCCCAAGACCUGCGGUGAUCACCCUAUAAGAUUUUACGCUCGUGAUUCUGGCCUCCUGAAGUUUGAGAUCCAGGCAGGACUCCUGGGGCGACCCAUCAAUCAUACAGUGCGACGUCUGGUUGCGUUCACCUUCCACCCCUUUGAGCCCUUUGCCAUCUCGGUGCAGCGCACUAAUGCAGAGUACGUGGUUAACUUCCACAUGAGGCACAGCUGCACAUAG